ACGAAUUUAAAGGGUAUAGAUUAUAGUUUAAAAAAACGCUUAAAAUAUUCAAGAGAAAAGUUUAAUUACUAUUAAAAAUAAAUAAGUUACGUUCUUUGAAAGUGUACGGUAUAGAUUUUCUAGUUUUAUUCAGACAGCAAACAUUGCAGGAGUGUUUACAAAUCAAAAACAUUUGUAAAGUUUAAAUACAUUUACUUAUGGUUCUUUUAUAAUGAAAAUUAGGGUUUCGUUUUAAGAUAAUUAGGAUGGAAGUUGAUAAAGGUGAAGAUAUAGAACCUCAUUUUGAUGAACCCCAACUACAAGGGAUUUUUACAUCUUUAGUAGCUAACAAUGAUAUUGUUUUUAAAAGUCAGCAACGGGGUGAAAUCGAAUUGAACAAAGACGAGAAAAAACAAAUAGCUCAAGAUUUAUUUGAGAAAAAUAAAACAUCAUUUUUAUUGAAAUUUGGCAAAUAUAUGACAACUAAAGAUUUAAAAUAUUUCGAACAGUUUAGUAAUAAAGAUGUUGAUCCUGUGAAUUAUGAAGAAACUUCAAUAGUUUUAAAGGACUUGCUUUUCAAUGAUUCCAAAGAAAGAUCUAAGGAAGUAAAAAAUCGAAGAUAUGCAGCGCUUCAAAGAAUGAUUGAAGAAAAUGCAUACUUUAGUGAGGUAGAAAUGAUGAAAAGAAAUCCUCUAUUGUAUGACCAAUUAGUGGGACAAUAUUUAAGUGUGGAUGAAAUAAAGGAGAGGGAUUCCUACUUAACAUCUUUAGAAAAUGAAAAUGUAACUUUGGUAAAAAUAUUAUUGGAAGGUAUUGAUAGAAAUGAAGCUGAGUCUUCAAGAAAAGAACAGCAAGCACAAGAGAACCAAAAUAUUGAUGAUUCUUCAGAUGAGGAAGAAGGGGAAGCAUCAUUAAACUCAUCUGAUUCAGAUGAUGAGGCUUCCACCUCAAAAUGGGGUGAAUUUGAAAAUGAAAAAGCUGAAAUAUCAAAAAAAGUGAAAAAGAAACGUAAAAGGUUACCAACAAUAACCGCUUCAGAACGAUCUUUAUUAAAAGAGGAAUUCGUCACGACAAUGUACCAGAAUUUCUUAAACGGUAAAGAUGAAGAAUUUUUUGACUACAACACUAUCGAUACUGAUACUAGCUUUAACAAUACAAUAGAAAUGGAUCAUGAUGAAGAAGAUAAAUAUUUUGAGAGUGAAGAUACAGAAAACACUGAAAUAGUUACUGACUCUAAGUUAGAAUCUGAUGAAGGUACUGAAGAUGAGUUGGAUAUUUAUAUGAAAGCCAUAAACCGCAAAACACAGCACCAUAAAGAUGUUUGUAGUCUAGCAGAAAAUGUGAAUAGUACCCUUUAGUUAAUAUAUAAGUUUACAGUC